UUUUUUUCAUCCACCAGAUACCUAGCUCGAGAAGAGUACAAUCAGUAAUGGUGCCCAGCAAAUGGACUUCUUGGCUAAUUAUUGGUCAAUGGAUUACGCGAGAUUCUGGAGCUGACGUUAAGAAAAGGGGUAAGGAAUUUAAGAAGGCCCCGGCAUUCUUCCGAACCCUUUAUUGAUGUCAGUGUUGACAAGCAUCUCUACUAGUUUGCUCCCCACUCUAAGAAUAUCGAAUGCACCAGGAGACAGCAUAUCCCCGCUGUGUCGUCCCUCCCUGGGGCAGCACGGCUUGAGAUGAGGAGGAUGUCCCGUUUGACCGAGGACACAGAAGCUGUGAGAAUAUCCUUGGGAAUUCGUUCGAUCUCCAUAUUACUGAUAGCUCGCUGGGAGUUCCAUGCGGUGGGCAGUGUUACUGAGUGUGGUUUUGCCUCGCUGGACUAGAUUAGAGGAGGAACUCUAGCCCUCUGCCACUCCCUCCCAAGAACUUUUGAGACCCCGGAGAGCCGCUAGAUCAGCCCAGUGUCACCCCGGAUCGCUCAUAUCAGACAAGAGAGGGCCCUGUCUGCCUCUCCUGAAUUUCCAUCUCCCCAUCUUGAUCAUCCGCUUCGUCAUCCUCUCCUAUCUCAGUCGCUUCUUCAUCUUCUACAGUUGACACUGAGGCGGGCAUCUGCAGUUGGGGAGGCAGGAAUGGGCCCCCGUCUUGACACACGAUCCCCCCUGGGUCCAGUACCCAGGCCCUCGAUCAAGAACCAGUCCGCGCAGCUCUUGCGCUAUCUGCCAUUCUAAUCCAAUCCAAUGCCUUGAACAGGUUAGACCCGUGGUGAUCGGGUUCCUACAUGUUUUAUUAUUAUUAUUAUUAUUAUUAUUAUUAUUAUUUGGACCCAUUUUCAUCGCCGAUGACGCCUCGCGCUUGCAAGGUCUCGCUGUGCUCCAUCUCCACUGUAUAUUCGGCUCCCCCCGGGUCGGACACUUCCUGUUUCUCUUAUCAGAUCUUGGGCGACGCGGAAAUAACGGAUGUGAUAGCUCCGGCCCCUUUUGGACUUGUUUCAUUUUCCUCCCCAUUUCCUCCCCGAAAACCCUGCGUUGUUGGACAGUCUUUUUUGACCGUCUUCUUGGAUCUCAGUUCGGGUUUUGAACCCCUGUACUAGUGUCACGGGCCGAGAAUUUCGGAGAAUUAAGUAUUUGAUGACAGCUGCGUUGAGGUGUAACCAGAGAAGUUAAAUGCGACUGUUCCUUUCUGGACGAUACGACGCAAUCCACAAUCUUCUGGCGUUGAUUGUCUCCGUCCCACCGUUCCAUGGAAGUUCACCAUGCGAGAUUUCCAAGCGCUACGAGAUUUCAUAUGUAUAUAAUUCAACGGUGGGCGAUGGAAAUGAUUUUGAAUUUUCAACAAAUAGGUGUCGCCGAUAGAGGCAUCAGUUCAAACCAUGAGAUUGCUUGGGCCCUUGAUCCUUCUCGGCGCGAUUUUCGUUGAGGCAGCCGACAGGCAUGCUACAGAUGGAUUAACCCGCUUCCUGGAGAGGCGCCUACCAAACCAUGUCAAUGACUUCAAGUUCUCCCUCGUUGGUCCUAUGCGGACGUCAGAUGACUGGACUAAUGAUAAAUAUACCGUUUUUACUGGCUGCAAUGGGAAGAUAAAUGUUCAAGCCAACUCGCUGAGUGGUCUCUUCCAAGGGCUCCACCGCUAUUUGUCUGACGUUGUCCAUGUUGACAUUUUCUGGUUUAUUGGCAAUCGUCUUUCCCUUGCGCCCCGAAAGUUGCCAAAGCUCGAUAAGCCCUUGAAGGGCGAGAGUUCUAUUCCGUGGAGAUACCAUCUUAACACAGUGACCUUCAGUUAUGCAACUCCCUGGUGGACAUGGGAGGAUUGGGAGCUCGAGCUGGACUGGUUGGCGAUUCGCGGUGUCAACCUUCCAUUGGCGUGGACGGGGUACGAGAAGAUCCUGAUAAGCGUGUUCCAGGAGGCCGGGUUCACAGACGACGAUAUCCGAAGCUUCAUCAGCGGCCCGGCGUAUCUAGCAUGGAAUCGCUUUGGAAACCUCCAAGGGUCAUGGGGAGGCGGUAACACGCCAUUCAAAUGGUACGACGCCCAGUUUGAGCUCCAAAAGAAGAUCCUUGCUCGGAUGUCCGAGCUGGGGAUGACACCUAUUUUGCCCGCAUUCCCCGGCUAUGUGCCCCGUGCUGUCACCCGCGUGCUCCCGGACGCUCAGGUUGUCAAUGCCUCACAAUGGGCGGAGAUCAAUCCGAAAUACACCAAUACGACAUUCCUUCAGCCGUUUGACCCCCAUACCGUCCGCCUACAAAAGAGCUUCAUCUCGAAAAGCAUCGAAGCUUAUGGAAAUGUCACGCACUUCUACACUCUAGACCAGUUCAACGAGAUGAUCCCGAGCUCCGGAGACCCCGAGUUUCUGCGCAAAGUAUCUGAGACCACAAUGGAGGCUAUUAAAUCUGUUGACCCGGAGGCUACGUGGGUAAUGCAAGGGUGGCUGUUUUAUAUCUUCGCUGAUUACUGGACAACCGAAAGAAUUGAAGCAUAUCUGUCUGCAGGCAAGAAAUUCCGUGAUAUGUUGAUCUUGGAUUUAUUCGCAGAGUCGUUCCCGGUUUGGAAGAAGACCAAAGGUUUCUUUGGUAAAGCGUUUGUGUGGUGCCAGGUCCAAGAAUUUGGUGGAAAUCAUGGAUUAUACGGCCAUGUUGCGAACAUAACCGAGGGGCCUGCUCAAGCAAUGGCACAACAUCCAAAUAUGGUUGGAGUUGGCAACGCCGGUGAGGGCCAGUCCGGAAAUGAGAUCGUCUUUAGCUUGCUGCUCGACCAAGGCUGGUCCAAAACUGCGCUGGAUCCAGAACAGUAUUUCCAUGACUGGGUUACCCGCCGUUACUCCAGCCACGGAAGAACAGUCCCCAAUGAGCUGUACGAAGCCUGGCAGCUUCUACGUCUUUCCGCCUACAAUAACACCAACUUGGUGGAUGCCCCGCUUCUGCCGCAUGCUCUCUUCGCUGCAUCACCAUCGAUCAAUGCGAAGAUGCCAAUGCUGUUCAUUGAGGGACUUCUCUACGAUCCCGCCGAUAUGCUCAAGGCCUGGGGACUGAUGAUAAAGGGGGCUCUGUUUGGGGAUUCCUCCUACCAAUAUGAUAUAGUUGACGUCACUCGCCAAGUGCUAUCCGACGCAUUCACAUUGGUACUUCAAGACCUCAAAGUGAAAUACAAGGGCGGCGCGCCAGCCUCCGUAUUCAUGCCCAUCGGUGACAAGCUCCUCAUUAUCCUCAAAGCGCUGGAUGCCGUUCUAUCGAUGAACGAGAAUUUCUGGCUGUCCAGCUGGAUCUCAGCCGCCCGGGCUAGUGCUGGCGAUGACUCCGAAGCUGCAGACUUCUUCGAACACAACGCCCGCAACCAGAUCACUAUCUGGGGGUCAGAGGUUGGGGUUCUUGAUGACUAUGCGCAGAAACAAUGGGCCGGCUUGGUAUCGGGAUAUUAUACUCCGCGCUGGCGCAUGUUCUUAGAGUAUCUGAAGGACACUCCGGCGAGUCAGUAUAACGACACAGUUCUCAAGGAGAAGCUGAUCCCCUUUGAGACGGAAUGGAUCUCCCGGAAAUCUGGGGCUUCGAUUCAGACUGAAAAGCCUACAAAGGAGCUCAAGGCUGUGCUAGGCGACUUGCAGAAGGAUUUGGACUUCGUUUUUAACCUGGGUUGAUUGCGGAGUGAUAAACAAUUCUUUCAGGGGCUACCUAUCUACAUUCUAGCCACUCAAGUACUGAGUUUCAUCGAUCGAUGUGAGGUGGACAACGGUAAAAAAAAAAAAAAAAAAAAAAAAAAAAAAAAAAAAAAAAAAAAAAAAUGUACUUAAUAUUAUUAGCUAGACGGAAUCGACUUCGAACCCCCAGAGGUUAUCAGCUACACACGCAAGCCUCAAAAAAUAAUUCACCUAGGGAAAAGCUCCCUAUGUAAUAGUAUUGCAGAUAUCACUUAAUCCAUACCAUCAGACCCGUGUUUGCAACAGCUCCAUCUGCAUGCAGUUGUCUUUCUCCAGGGGGUCUCAUGUCAUUUUUGCUGGCAAUAUAUCGCCCUUGACCGGGAGGGGUGGUGUGGGUGUGGUGCAUUAAUCGCCGGGAUGUAUUAGUCAAUCACCUCGUUUCUUCAUCAAUCCACGCCCUUUUUUUUUUUUUUUUUUUUUUUCGCUUUCCGCUCUCCCCCUGCAUAUCACUCCGCGCUUGGCUUUCCCACACUCUGCCACCCACCCCGCUCCGCCCUGUGAACGACAAAAGACAAA